AUGACAUUAUACUCGCUCAACAUGCUAAAAGAUGGCACUUUUCUGACGUCUGAACUAUAUUCUACAUUGUUACCAUUUUCACUUGAUGCCAUAUCAAAGUACAAGGGAAUUCUUUAUCUGAUGGCAACUUUUCAU